AUGUUACCUUGUAAAUCCCUUACAUGGGUUCUUGUGUUACUCCUUAUCUCUCCUAUGUUCUUCUCUGUUUCUGUCUCCCAAAAUGACUCCUAUUGGUCAGCUAAGAAAAGACACAUGAGGGAGAAAGUACGCAAGAUGUUCUAUCAUGCAUAUGAAAAUUACUUGGCCUAUGCAUUUCCACACGAUGAGUUGAAACCUCUUAGCAAAAGUUUCACCGACUCCUUAAGUGAGCUUGGGAAUCUGAGGCUUGAACACUUGCCUCAAGACUAUAAUGGUUCUGCCCUUACACUUAUUGAGUCCUUGUCCAGCCUUGUUAUUCUUGGGAACAACACAGAAUUUGAAAGGGCUGUUCUUUGGCUUUCUGAAAAUUUGACGUUUGAUGUUGAUGCAAGGAUAAAUCUUUUUGAGUGCAACAUACGAGUUCUUGGAGGACUUGUUUCUGCCCAUAUGCUUGCAACUGAUUCUGCAAAUAGGUUGGUGCAAGGAUCUUACCGGAAUCAGCUGCUUACUCUGGCUGAAGACUUAGGACGGCGUUUUCUUCCUGCAUUUGAUACACCUACUGGAUUGCCAUAUGCAUGGAUUAAUUUGAAGUAUGGAGUGACAGAGAAUGAGACUACUGAAACAAGCACCUCAGGGUGUGGUUCUCUGAUUCUUGAGAUGGGAGCAUUGUCUAGAUUGACCGGUGAUCCCGUAUAUGAAUCAGCAGCUUUACGAGCUCUCCGAAAAUUAUGGAGCAUGCGCAGUUCUUUAAAUUUAUUAGGAACAACAUUGGAUGUGAGAACUGGGCAAUGGAUUGAGUACUCUUCUGGUAUUGGGGCUGGGGUUGAUUCAUUCUAUGAGUAUUUGUUCAAGGCUCACAUUCUUUUUGGAAAGGAGGACCUUUGGAAAAUGUUUCAUUCUGCUUAUCUUGCUGUACAGAAUUAUUUCAGAUAUGGCCCAUGGUACCAUGAAGCUGAUAUGAGGACAGGAAAAGCAACUUAUUGGCAGCUUACAAGUCUUCAAGCAUUUUGGCCUGGUCUACAAGUUCUUGUUGGGGAUAUUGCUGCUGCAAAUUCAUCACACCGUGAAUUUGUUUACGUUUGGAAGAAGUUUGGUGUACUACCAGAAAGGUAUCUGCUGGAUCAUCAAAUAUUACAUCCUACUGAGAAGUAUUAUCCUUUGCGUCCUGAGUUGGCUGAGUCUACUUUCUACCUUUAUCACGCAACCAAAGAUCCAUGGUACUUACAAGUUGGGGAAUCAAUUGUUAAUUCUCUUAAUUCAUACACGAAAGUGGAAGGAGGGUUUGCAAGCAUUAGAGAUGUGACCACAAUGCAAUUGGAAGAUCAUCAACAUAGUUUCUUUCUUGCUGAAACGUGCAAGUAUCUAUACCUUCUCUUUGAUGAUUCUUUUUUGGUUGACCGAAAUUACAUAUUCACAACCGAAGGCCACCCACUUCCAGUUUUGAGUUCUUGGCAUGAGAGGCUUCCAGAAGCCUACAUACCAACAAACUGGACUUUUUUCAAGAGCGAAAAGCAGAGAAGAAGAGCAAGUGCAAUGACUUUGCAAGUCUGUCCGGCGUCUUUUAAUUCUAGACACGACAAGCAAAGGGUUGAGAGUGCGUGCCACAUUCCUGAUACUCGUACUGAUCACAAGUGCUUCACCGAUGAAGAAUGUGGGGUCGACUCAACUAGUUGUAGAAGAAGAUCAUGUAGCAUGGCUGGUUUCUGUGGUCUCUGGUCAAUAUGAUUUACCUGUGCAAUAUCUUCACAUUCUUUCUACAGAAAAGGAACUUGAGAAAUUUUUUUCUGUUCAAAGACAGUCUCUCUACAGGCAUGUAAACUAACAGCAUAAAAUAGAAAAAGAAAGGAUAUAUUUGCACGUUACAGAAAUUUUACAUAAUAAUGACAUUUAUUUCGAGGUC